GUUGAAAAUUACACUGACAGUUACUCCUUAGGAAAAUCACUCUCAACUCACAAAACAUUGCGUAAAAUGUGCUAGGAGAGUUUUACAGAAAUUGUUUUUUGUCUGCUUGCCGCCACUUGAGUGUUUCCUUCAUUCCCAUGAAACUCCUCGAUCCAGGAGAUGGAUCAGGAUGAAAGGCAGAGAAAAUUAGAGGCCGGACGAGCAAAGCUUGCUCACUUUAGACGGCGCCGGGCGAAAAGCGACAGUUCGAGCGCGCAGAAAAAGACGCCGAAGAGGAAGGGCCAGGCGAAUGCGGUUUCCACACAAGAGCGCCACCUAGAGGAGCCACAGACAGAUGAUUUUCAUGGAGAGAUCAGCAAGGAAUACUCAGAGGCGUCACUCAGACCUGAAGGCACAGAAGGCAGUGUUCCAGAUGUCCAUCAGUGCAGGAGAGAGGCCGAUGAAACCAAUGCCCAGGAACAGAGCUCCUCAUCUGGGUCUCUGGCAGAGUCAGAGCCGCCCGAUCAGGCAGAGGGCGAACUUGCAGAAAUGAUUAUAGUUGCACAUAGUGGCAAAGAACAACUGAAGCAAUUACAGGCUGCAGUAGAGAAACGGAAUGAGAUCAUAUCACAGCUUAGUAAGAACCUGCAGGGGGCGCUACAAAGCAGAGACCAGGUGCAAUUGGAGGCACAGGAACUCUCGGGUCAGAUUCAGGCUCUACAACAGCAACUACAGCAGGCUAAAGAAUAUCUACGCAUCAAAAGUCAUGGGUGUGUGGAUCCGACCCAGGCUGCUCCGAAUCAGCUGCAUGAACAGUUGGAGGUGUCACAACAGGUGACUAAGGAACAACAGUGCCUCUUGGCCCAAAAAGAAGCUGAGAUCACAGACCUGCAACAGAAGUUGUGUGUCAUGGAAAAAUCCCUCUCUCAGCUUCAACAUGCCUUUAACCAGAGAAGUGCUGAUCAAUCAGAUCUAAAGCUUGACCAACACUUUGGUUUAGAUAUAUCCAAUGUGAGCCUUCAGAUCAGUCCGGACUCAAACUCUGAAGCUUUAACACAAAGCCUUAGAGCUGAGCUAGAGGAAGAGCGUAAGAACAGCCAACGAGCUCAAGAACAAAUAGAAGCUUUUCAGAAGAGGGUACAGAGUCUGGAAGAUGAGAAGAUUCAGAUGGAAGCUCACCUGGCAGCGAUUGUAGAAACACAAGCCCAGGAAGCCCAGCAAUAUAAAGCAGAGAAAGAUGAGUUGAACCAAGAAAUGGCCAGAUUAGAUAACCUGGUCAAGGAGCUUCAAAAUCGUCUUCACGAAGAGGAGGAGACAUGGCACCAUAUGCGUUCCAAAUAUGAAGCUGACAUUUCAAAUUAUGAUCUCAGGCUUCAGACUCUGGAGGAGGAAAGGAAGUUGAAUGUAGCCCAGCUUACCGAAACUCACGAGGCAACUCUUAGGCGCCUGCAGGAGGAGCACUCUGACGAGAUCCAUCGCAUCAAGGAGCUUCUGAACCAGGCCCAAAGUCAACAGUCUGAUUCUCAUCAAAACGUUUCCAAAGACAAUAGUGCAGAUGUACCCUGGAACAUAGUAUCCAAAGAGCACUACAUUGAGGAGACGGUCAUUGAGUGUGCUGUGCGAGGCAGCUAUAGUUUUGAUGUCUCUACAGGGGGUUUCCAGGAUGUUUUGAUGGAGCGAUACUUGGCUUCUGAAGGGCCUCAAGAAAGUUCAUUACUUGAAGGGAGUCUAGAGGAACGUAGCAUGAUUGAGAACUCUGAGACGUCCAGGUUUGAGCUUGACAGUGAGGUCAUAUUUCAAGCUUCAGAUUACCCUAAUGUCCCAUCUGAUGGUGAUAAGUCAGAGCCAGGACUGCCUAUAGUUUCUGCCAUUGAUGCACACCAACCUGAUGAAAUGUCCUUCAAUGAUGCCCAGUGGCAAACCUCAGCCAUUGAAGAGCAGGAUGACAGUGUAGGCACUCUGGACUUAGCUAAACAGCUUCUGAUCCAGCAGUGCCAAGACCUUUCAGAGCAGUUAGAGGAUCGGGAACGGCAGCUCGAGGUUCUUCAAGAAGAGGUUCAGCGCUCUGCGGAAGAGGUUGAGGAGGCACGGGAGCGUUGGAGCAAAGCUUCGGAGGAGCUUGAGGAAGCUAAGUGGGAGCUGGAGAUGGAACGUGAGAAAAGAAUUCAGUACGAGGAAGUUAUCAGCCAGAAAAUAAAUGAGGACAACCUCAAAAACAUACUGAGUGACCUGCAGGUUCAAGGCGACGAAAGGAUCAUGCCACACAACACUGAUUCUAAUAAGACCUCAAUCCCUUUGUCUACAGAGGAGUUGCUAAAGGAAUUAAUGGAAGAAAAGGCCCAAUUGGUGCUACAGCUCAAACUUCAGGAGCAGAUUGCAAAGGAUGUCCAUGACCAGAAAGCAGCUGGUGACUUUGUAAGUAGUGAGUUUUCCUCUUUGCAAGCUCAGAGAGAUGAAUUUCAACUUCAGCUGGAGCAACAAAGGGAAAAACACCAAGCUACUUCAGUGCUGCUUGGUCAAAGGACGUUACAGCUGGAUCAAGCCGAUGGAGAGAUUCAGCAGCUCAAAGCUGAAGUAGAGGAGAAAGCUGGAAGGUUGCAGGACUUGGAGGAAGAGAAGACAGACCUUGAGUCUAAACUAGUGUGCCUUAAAGAGAACCUCACCAACAUGGAAGAGGAGAAAGCUACCCUGGAAAGACGUCUCAAAGUUUUUGAGGACCAGUCAAAAAGCAUGGAGAAGGUUCUAGAAUCAGAAUUGAAGAACUUUGAGCACCAACUUGAAUCAAAGGAUGCAGAGCUCAAGGAAGUAAGGGAAGCACAAGAGAAGGCAGAAGAGGAAUACAUGGAAAAGGAGAGUGCCUUAAUGAAAGAACUAAUCUCAGUCAAACAGAAUCUAGAGGAAAGACAGAAACAACAUGAGAAGGAGCAGAAAAUCCUGGAAGAGAAACACCAGAAAGAGGUUAAAUACUUGAAUGUUCGAUUUGAGCGGGAACUUUCUGAGCAAAGUGCUCAUCUGGAAGAUGAGCAGAAAAGACAGACCAGCUUGAUCAAACAGGUCUAUGAACGGGAGCAUGAGAGGGAGUUGACGCAGCUGGCAGCCCAACAGAGUGAGGAAAUUGCCAGAAUUAAAGAUGAGCUUGUCAGGGAUCUUCAAGAAGGGCUGGAGACUGCACACCAGGCUGAGCUACUCCAAACACAAAGCAAGCACAACCUGGAGCUUGAAGCCUUGCGUCUCAGCCUGACCAACUUGCACACAGCCCAGUUGGAGCUUUCUCAAACCAACAUGCAGAAAGAUAAGGAGGUGGCCCUCAGCGAGCUGCAGAGCAUGUUACGAGAGAAAUGGGCUCAGGAGAGCGCCAUGCUUCAGACGCGCCAACAGUUUGAGCUGGAAAGAAUUCGGGAGCAGAGCCGAGAGCAGGAACAACGAAACCAGGGACUGUACCAACAAGAGAUUGAUACUCUGAAUCAGGAGUGGGAGAGGAGAGUUUUGGAAGAGAAAAGCUCUGUGGAACAGUUGCAGGGCUGUAAACUGGAGGAUCUAAAAGCCAAGUUGUUAUCGGAGGCUGAAGAAGUCAAAACUGAACUUCAGAGUCGAUUAAAUGAUGCCCAUCAUAAACUGAGUGAGACCCAGAAGGCCCUCUCUGAGGCUGAAGCAGCUCUUUCUGAGACACAGUGUAGGCUUGAAGAACGGCAGCGGUCCAAAGAUCAAGACAUCAAGAAUCUGGAGAAAGAGCUCAACCAGGCCUUGACUGACAGAGAUGCUGCUGCACGUGCAGUUGAGGAGUUGAUUGCAUGUCACAAGGCAGCACUGCAGGAGAAACAGGAACAUGCCCGAGCCUUGGAACAGAGAGAAAAAGAGCUGACGCAAGAGGUUGACCGUCUGCAGUCAGAAAGGGAGGAACUGAAGGCCAGUUCAGAACAGGAGAUCUCAAACCUCUGGUCCCAGCUGGAGUCCAUGAGAACCAACAGACAGGAGCUCGGAGAGCUGAAAGAGCAGCUGUUAGCACGCUCAUCGCGGGUUGAUGACAUUGAGCGGCUGAAACAAGAAUUCGCUCAGCAGCGGCAGGAAAUCAAAGAACUGAAUGAGGCAGAGCUGGAAAACCUCCGCACAUAUUUCGAGCAGAGACUUCGGGUCACAGAAGAGAGUCAUCGGGAAGAAAUUGCACUCCUGCAGCUGCGCCUCAUAGAGGGAGCUCUGGAGGACUCUGUACUCCAGACUGGAGAUGCAAGUUUUCUCUCAGAAGGCAAGAGUGAAGAUGACAGGAGUGAAGCUAUGGCGGAGAUUACUAGACAACUGGAGAAACACAAGGAGGAGCUGGACUCCCUUCGGAUGCAGUUAGAGGAGAGACACCAGCAGGAAUUGGAUCAACUGCAGUCCAGAAUGACUCUGGUUUAUAAAGAAGAUCUGCUCCAGGCUCGCACUGAGCUCACUGAUCGAUACUACAAAGACAUCGAUCAGCUCAACACAAAACACGCCCAUGAACUAGAGCAGCUCCGUGCCAAACUCUCAGACAACCAUAUCAAAGAAAUAAACAAGUUGCGGUUACAGUCAGCACAAGAUGUAGCAAGGCAGGUGGAAGCUGAGGUGAAGGAGAGGACUCUGCAGCACCAGGCCGAGGUGACCAAGCUGGAAGCCCAGCUAUCUCAGCUCUCCCUAAUGCACUCAGGAGAACUGGAGAAAGUGGUGGAGCAACACCGUGAGCAGCUCAGACAGAUGGAGACGCAUCAGAAAGAUGCCGAAGAUUUGAGGGUGCGCCUUGAGGAGGCACAGAAGGCAGAGAGGAAUCGUGCGAGUGAGGAGUUGACUGAAGAGCUGGCCCAACUGAGGGAGCAACUCCAAUUGCAGGCUGAGGAGCGCUUGGCUUCCCAGAGAGAGCAGCUUCAGCGAUCUGCCCUGGAAGAGAAAGAGGAGUUUGAGCAGAGGCUUCUGGAGGUCCAAAAGCUCCUGGAUGUGGAAAGGCAGAGCCUUCAAGAACUGCAGAAGAGUCUGGAGUGUGAAGAGAGCCCUCAGGUGGUGGCGUUGAAGCAGAAACUUCAGGCUCAGUAUGACCGAGAGAUGUGCACUGCGAGGAGUACGAUGGCAGCAGAGGUGAAGGAGCUGAACGCUCUACUUCAAGAUCAGAUGGAGAGCAAGCUGCAAGAGGCCAUCUGCAGGCAUCAAGAAGAGCAGAAACAACUGGAAGAGAAGUUGACCCUUCAAAGAGAUGCUGCCCUGGGUCAACAGAGAGAACAGCAUGCCAUGGAGCUGCAGGCCCAGAAAUCACUCCUGGACCAGCAGGCUGCACAAUUACAAGAUCUUGAAAAGAAGUGUCAGGAUCUCAAAAUGCACCACCAGGAGGAACUGGAGUCCCUGAUGACCAAUCACAAGACAGCCUUAGAGACCUUGGAGAAUGAACUUACGAAUAAACACAAGGCGGAGCUCGACAAAUUAGAAGCCGUCCUUCAGGAGACCAACCUGGCACAGCUUGAAGCUCAAGAGGCGGAGCUUCAGGCACGACACAAACAGGAGAGGGAGGAGCUUGAGGAGAGGCUGAUGGCAAACAUGGAUACACUGGAGAGCACAUACUUGAAUGAAAUUCAGGCAGUACGGGAUGAGAAGGAUAGAGAACUGCGUGACCUUCAAGAACACUAUACUCGAGAGAUUGAGAGGGUGAGAAAGGAAGAGCAAACCAUCAGAGAGGACCUCAGGAGGGAGCUUGCUAACGUCCAUAUGGAUAAAUUCAGUGCCAUGGCAAGAGAAUUGCAUCAAGCCCAUCAGGCGGAGUUGUCUGAAGCGGUCUCCUCUCAGAGGGCAGCUCUGGAUGAUGAGCAUCUAUCUUCUCUGGAAGCCCUUCAGCAGCAAGUAGUUGCUUUAGAGAAGCAGCAUAGCGCCGCCCUUCUGGAGAUCACUGACAUUGCCACUGCAGAGAAAAAGCAACAUGAGCAACAAAUGGAUGAGCUGGCCACUCAACAUCAGCAUCAACUGGAGGAGCUGACCACUCAACAUCAGCAACAGCUACAGGAGUUAAGGGUUGUGUCAGCCAGGGAGUUGGAGACUCUGCGUAGGGAAUUAGAGGAAGAAGCGUCAAGGCAACGCCUCCACUUCCUGGAAGAGGCAGAACUCCUCAAAUGCAAGUCUGAGGAGCAGCUGCAGCAGAGAACUGCACAGUUAAAGGAGGAGAGUGACCAGGAAAAGGCUGUUGCUCUUGAGGAGCUGGAAAGGGCUUUAAGACAGCAACAUGAGCAAACUGAACUCACCUACAGUGACAAGAUGAGCCAACUUACUGCACAACUACAGCAGCUGGACACUGUAGUGUCACAGCUGCGAUCGGAGGUGAGCGGGCUGCAGGUGGAGCUAGAGGGCAAGCGGGCAGAGAUGGACACGCUGGAGACUCUCCUGCAACGCAGAGACCGGGAAAACCAGGAAGGAGACAAUCUACUGGCCAUGCUCAGAGCAGACCUCAACACGGCCACACAGGACAGACAAGACCUGCAAACAGCACGUGACAAACUACAGCGGACGCUAAUAGAGAUGCUUCGGAUCACUAUGGCAACGGAUGAGCACAUAAGCCGCAAGCUAGGAGCUUGUGUAUCAGGUGGUCAGUCUGGAGACAAAACACCCAGCUCAAUGACCGCUAGGAGUAGCCGUGAUUCACAUGAAACGGGAGAGGUGAUUGGCACCGAGGGGGAAGCUAAUUGUAGUAUGUGGUCUUCAGCUGUGGACGAGGGGUUGGAGUUGUCUCAGAGGCUGUGUGAGAGUGUGUUCUCUGGGCCGGAGGGGGAGAUGGAUGCUGAAGGAGAGGAACUCAUGCUGGGAUCCUGUACACGUCUGCGCACCGCUGUAGAUAAACUACUGGAGCUGCUUUCCGAGUCCUCACAGCAGUUGGAGCAGAUGUGUGGUCUGCAGGCCGUACUGAAUGAGCAAUUCAGAGACGGAGGCGAGGCCGGAGCGUCUUUGCUGUUUCAGAACUCUCAGCUGUUGGAGCAGCUGGAUCACGAGGCCAGUCUGAAGAGCCAACUACAAUUGGAGCUGCACAAGGCUGAAGGUUUGAUGGAAGGCUACAUAGCCGAGAAAGCCAUUUUGGAGGAGGCGCUUCAGCAGAAGGAGACGCAGGAGCAGCGUCUGGCAGAGGAGCUGGAGAGCACACGCAUCCAACUGCAGCAGCUCAACGAAAAUCAUGCCCUCCUCCUGCGUCAGAGAGAAGCCCUGACCGCCAGCCUCGGAGACACAGAAAAGGGCUUCCUCGACGCAGAGGAAGACACAGCUCUGCUGGCGGAGGCUGAGCGUCUGGGGCAGGAGUGUGUGGAGGUACAGCGGCAGGCGGAGAAGGACUGCGGUGGGCUGGCGUCCCGUCUUCAGAUGCUGGAACAGGCCCUGGAGGAGCAGGAGAGCCGUGGACAUCAGCUGGAGGAACAGCACCGCCUGCAGACUGAAGACCUGCAGCAACACAUUGAUGCUCUGGAGAAACAGCUCAAACAUAACCGCCAGUUCAUAGAUGAACAAGCAGUGGAACGGGAGCAUGAGAGGGAUGAAUUUCAGCAGGAAAUCAAGAACCUGGAAGCUCAGCUGAGACAGCCAUCUAAAGGACACGCAGGAGGGAACAGCAAGGGUCAAAGGAUUGAGGACUUGGUUCUUCAGGUGGAAAACCUUCAGGCUCUGAUCAAGGAUAAGAUGGAAGACUAUAGUAUACUGUUGUCAGCAAAAGAGCAGUGCCAGCUUGAAGUGGAAGAGCGUAAUGAAGAGAUUGAGAAAUUGACAACUCGUAUCCGUGAGUUGGAGCAGGCGUUACUGAGCUGUGCGGAGGCCAGCCGAACUGUCACACAGCUGGAGCAAGAACUUCAGAAAGCACGCAAGAACCUUCAGGAGCUCACACAGGAUAAAGAAGCUUUGCAGCAGCAGCAGUAUGCUAAUAAGCUCCAGAUCUCUGCCCUACAGUCCAAACUCGAUGAAACCAGACACCGCUUCCCUGAUAUGACCCCUGACCCUAACCUCUUGGAACAGCUGGAAGCUACACAACAGGAUCUGCAGACCAAAGAACAACAGGUGGAGUUGCUGUCGGAGCGGAUAAGUGAGCUUGAGAAGGAUGUGGUAGUGAGGGAGGAAGAGCUCGGACAAUUAACACUACAGCUGGAGCUAAAAAACAGAGAGAGCAGAGCUACAGAAGAACAGCUCCAUGCUCACAUCACACACCUGCAGGAGACUGUGGACACUCUGACAAGGCGGCUAGAAGAGGGCAGCGACGAAUCCAUCCUUCAGCUACCUUCUGCCCUUCUGGAGGAGAAGAAUAUGGAGAUCGACCACUUAAAUCAGCAGAUCCUCCAGCUGCAGCAGGAGCUGGACAUGACCAACAAUAAUAAGACACUAGAGGAAAAGCAAGCUGAGAUAGAAGAGCUGCGCUCUCAGGUCGAACGUCUCCGUUGUGACCAGGAACGUUUACGGCAGGCAAAGGAAGAGGAGACCGAGCAGCUCCAUGAGGUUAUUAACAAGCUUCAAGAGGAGUUGAGCCAACUUGACCCCAACCAUCAUGAGAUCAGUGACCCUAGCACUGACAGCGCAGAGUCAUCAGACUUUCCCUGGUCCGCUCAUCCCCGCCAGCAGAGGGCAUCUGAGGAAAGCCUGUGCCAGGAGCUCAGCAGCCACACGCUGCAGUCGUCUCGUGCUCGCUUGCAGGAGUUAAAGAUUGAGCUGGAAAGUGCCGCCGGGGAGAAGGAUUCUCUUCAGAAGCUGUUGCUCUCCCAGGAGGAACAGUAUGGAAGUCAGGUGGAGGCGCUUGGCCGGAGUCUUGGAGAGGAAAGGGGAAAGGUGGUCCUGUUGGAACAGGAGGCAAAUGAGCUGAAAGUACUGCUAGAGGAGAAACGGACAGAAGCUGAGCGAUUGGCGGCCCGUGUGGAAGAGUUGGAAGAUGCAGUGCGAGCUCAUCAGUCCAGCAUGAGAGAAUCUGAGCUCCAGUUCAGAAGGGUGGAGGAGAGAAAAGAUGAGGUCCAGCAGGAGCUUGACAGGCUGCUAGAGGAGGCCAAGAACCAGCGGGUCGAGAAGGAGCUUCUGGAAAAACAGGUCUCAGAGCUGCAGCACAAAGAGGAGCGGUAUGAGAAUGAGCUGGCCGCUUUACAAUCCACGGUCACAGAGCUUGAGGAGCACGUCCAAGUAGGCAGAGCCAAUGUCAGUGCCUUGGAGACCGGCAAAAGAGAACUGUACAUGGAGAGAGAGGCUCUGAGAAAACGGGAGGGAUAUCUCCAGGAGGAAAUAGAGCACUUGAAACAGGAAAUGACAUCAAAGAUGAACUACAUAAAAGAACUACAUGAGCAACAGGAGGAGACUGUGGCUAAACAAGGGGAAGCCCAAAAAGAAGUACUGACAUGUGCUGAAGAGACCUUGGCUAAAGCUGAGACUGCUUUACUUGAGAGGGAACAGCAGCUGAGCCACCUGAGGGCGGAGCAUGAUGCUUUAAGGGCGGAGCUAACAGCAGUGAAGGAGGGUCUUAGUACCAGCACAGAGAGAGCGGAGAAGCUACUGGAAGAGGGACAGACGAAAGAUCGCGCAUUAGCUGAUCUCGAGGUCCAUAACCAGCACCUGAAGGCAGAGCUGCGGAGUCUACAGGAUGAUCUGGCUGUGCAGGAAGAAGAGUUGGCCUAUCAGCAGAGGGAGCUAGAGCAGCUCCGACAGCGCUGCAACCUGCAGGACCACCAUCCCAAACACGUCCACUGCUUCCUCGAAGGCCUUUCCCGUGACCCGUCCCUCUCCGCCUCCCUGUCUUCCCCAGAAGUUCUGCGAAGGUUGGACUGCAGCGAAGAGCGGCCCUCUCGUCUGCAGGUUUCUCAUCUCUCGGAGCUCAGCGCUCUACACAACGCCAGCCUGGAGCUCCACAGCAAGGCUUCACCCAUGGAGCAGGACAAGGAGAGACUACACGGCAGACAAAUGUUUAUCCCACCUUCAGAGGAAGUCCAAGCCAUCACACACUCUGCAUCCCCAUGCUCGCUUUCUUUGUCCGAACACCUCUCUGUGCUCGACUCGCUGGAUGCAGUAAAGGUUCUUGAAUCGAACAAUUCGGAUGUAACGCUAUCUCGGUCUCCACUUGGCUCCACCUCUCCGGAGUCUGUGCCGGAGUGGGUCAGCGAUGGAUACGGCAGCAACGUGAGCUCAGAAUUGGAGGCCAUGCUGAAGCUCGAGUUGGAGAAUACGGAGCGUUUAGAUGCUCAUUUUGUGGAGUAUCUGCGCUGCAGAGGAAUGUCACCUGCUCAAAACACAGAUAGCGCUGCUGGCAGCAUGAACGAAAGCCAUGAGGCCCUCACACCUGAGUUGCAGGCUAUGCUGAAACGUGUCUACCAGGAAAGCUGCAGAAUCCUGUCUUUGUCCCACCGCCCUGCCCCAUCGGGCCAGUCUCGGCCAGAUUCUGAGCCUGCUCCGCCCCCCUCCUGGCAGAGGGAGAGACGGGCCUUACAGGAGACCAUCCUAUCGCUCAGAGAGCUGCUCUGCAGGAUGGCUGACAGGGAACCCAAGACUGACAGUGGGGACGUGGACUGGAGGCGCGAGCUGUUGCAUGCGGUCCGCAGUGUGUUUGACAGUGAACGGGAGUGGCUUCACUCUCAGCUUCAGGCUUUCAUGACAUCCAGCACUCAGACGGACCUCACCCCUUUGCUGGACGAGUUGAAGAAACUGUUUCAGAAGCAGGAGGAGCAGCAGUGGAGAUCUUUAGAGCAGCUGUUCAACGCAGACCAUCACAGUCUUUUGGCUGAGGUGCGCAGCCUGCAUGCAAGCAGCCAGCAGAGUCAAGAACAGCUGCGACAGCUACAGGAUUCGCUUCACACUGCAAAAGAACAUGGCAUGGAAUCGCAACAUCAGCUGCAUAGAGAUGUUGAAGAGCUUGAACUGCAGCUGCAAAAGGAACAGACACUGUCAAAUGAUCUGUGCUCCACACUGGAGGCUGAAAAGAGUAAAGGACUGGAGCAACAGAGACAAUUAGAGGCAGAGCUAAAGGCUGUGUCAGUGCUGAAGGCGGAGCUAGAGGAGACCAGACUUCAGCUUCAGUCAUCAUACAACAUUCAAGAGGAAUUAAAGAGCCAAAUUCACAAGCUCAGGCUGAAGCAGGAACAUGAUGAGGCUGAGCAUCAGGCCUGUCUAGAGGCAGUGAAGAAAGAGCAGGCCAGAGUACAGGAACUGCAAGAAGACCUUCAGCAGCAGAAACUCAACAAUCAACAAACAAUUGAGCAAAACCACAAAAAUCAGGAGUCUUUGCACCAGGCUUUGAACGAGCAAGCGUCACAUGUCAAGCAGCUUAACUCCGCUCUGAACCAGGAGAGCAUCACAUGCAGUAACCUGCGCUCUGAGCUCCAGAUCGAGCAGUCUCGCUGUGAGGCCCUGAUGGCCCAGGAGCGAGAGCGUACUGAACUUGCACUCUCCCGCUUGGAGGAGGAACGCUCUCGGUCGGCGGAGCUCUCGGAUUCACUCUCUCGCCAGGCCCAGGAACACGCACGGCGUUUAGAGGAGGAAGCCCGCAGACAGGAAGCGGCCAGUGCCCACGACAGAAAGUUCAUUCAGGACCUACGGGCACAACUAGAACACGAGAGGCGUCAGGGAGAAGACCUGGCAGCCAUGUUGGAGCGUUUGCAAGGGCAGGUCCUGGAAGGAAAGCGCAGGCAAGCGGAGGAGGCCGAGCGGAAGGCACACAAGGAGCAGGAGGAAGUGAGGAGGCUCCGUGCUGCUCUGGAGGGCCUGCAGACUCAGAAGACGGAGGUCGGGCGCACUCUAGAGGCGGAGCGAGAGAGGGCCGCUCACUUACAAGUGGAGCUGGAUGUGAUGAAGGAAAAGAUGAGAGUGGUGAAAGAGAGGGAGGAGGAGAUGGAGAGGAGGAGGAGACAGGAGAAACAGGAGCAGCUGGAAAAGGAACGGCGGCAGGAACGCACCAAUGAGAAACUGAUGGAGUUGGAGUUAUUGCGUCAGAAGGAUCAGCAGAGAUUGAGGCAGCUGCAGCAGACGCUUGCUGACCUGGAGCAGGAAGAGAAACGGCUCACAUCAGAACGCGUGCGGAGAGACACACACUCCAAUGGCUUGACCUUCACCCAGAACACACUUGCAAACAUCCCUCAGGACUCUACCUCAUCUAAUCCCUCUCUAAUGAAGCGUUUGCUGAAGGAGAACUCUGAGUUCUCUGAGUGUCUCGCUGCUCUGAGUGAGGAGAAGAUCGCCCUCAAACACACCAUAUCCUGUCUGGAGAGAGACCUGCAAAGCUUCAGGCACCAGGAGCAGGUGAAGUCUCCUCCUGUUACAAAGCAGUGCGUGUCAUCGGAGAAACUGGCCUGGCAAAAGGAAAAGGCGGCUCUUCAGACUGCGUUGCGAAAAGCAGAAGCUGAACUGUCAAGAUUUACAGCUAGCAAUGAGAACAGACCUAUCAAUGACCUCUCAAACAACAAGGUACAGCGGCUCUAUGAGCGAUACCUGCGAGCAGAGAGUUACAGGAAGUCGCUGGUGUAUCAGAAGCGCUAUCUGCUGCUGCUACUGGGAGGGUUUCAAGAGUGCGAGCAGGCUACGCUUGCGCUCAUAGCCCGUAUGGGCGCACAGCCAACGUUAAGCCAAUCGCAGGUCUCCAGACCUCUAAACCGCUUCAGAACGUCUGUCAGAGUAGUCAUCGCUAUCUCAAGACUGAAGUUCCUGACUAGGAAAUGGCAAAGAGCUACAAAGAAAAUCUCAGGCAGUGCCACCGUUAACGGGCAUGGAACAGGACCAAGCACAGUUCCUGCUCUGAGGACUGAAGUGCUGAGGCCGCAGCAGACUGGAGUUGCGUUCAACUCUCCACCCAGCCGUGAUCAUUUCUUCACUCAAAGGGGUGUGGUCUCGUCUCUUGUGCCACCUAUCAAAUCACCCUUCAGGCUGAAUAAUAGAAUGUACACAAGUUCUGUGCCAGGACCAGCUGAACACUCCUUCAGCUCUUCCCAAGAUCAGGAACGUUCCCUCACGGAGUAUAUUCAACAUCUGGAGACUGUCCAGCACCGUCUGGGAGCCGCUCACCCAGGUUCACCACCAAUGAUUCCAUAUGCCAGAAAAUCUGACCGAUGAAUGAAGAAAUCUGAUCACAUGUGCCAGUCUGUUUAAAUUACUAAUGUUUUUUUGUUGUUGUCGUCAUACAUUUUCAUUUUAGCUAAAACAAUGUCACCAAUAACGUGUUAUUUUUUUUUGCAACCAGUGCUAUUUAGUUGUUUUUUCACUUUUGUAAACAAUUUUGAUUGGUCUGUAAAUGUUCAGUUUAUAUUUUUUUAUUUACAUGUUGUCCACUGAAAGCAUUUAAGACUUUUGCACUUGAAUUUGUGAUUUUUAAUGGAUGUCACGGUUUAAAUGCACAUGGUUGGACAUUUUUUGUAAAAUGUUUUAUGUAGCUUUUUUAUGGACAGUAUUUCUAUAAAAAUCAAUAAAUAUUUUAGUCUAAA